AUGUUAGAGAAUAUUAAGAUUCUACAAGUGAACCUAAACAAGAGCCUACACGCUAUAGAGUUAACGCUACAACUAGUAGUUAAGCUUAAAGUUAAUAUUAUUGCAGUCCAAGAGCCAUGGAUUGCCCCAUUAAGCAACAACAACUACUUAGCAGCUAGGUUAGUUGCCCACCAAGCAUUUACCCAGCUGCUCCCACUAGCAGACAACAGUCUCCGCCUAAGGGUUCUAUUUUAUAUAUCUAGAACAGCAAAGGCAGAGACAUCUCUACUAGAGGGACUAGCAGCAGACCUAGACGCUAUAGCAGUAAGCUUUAAGUUUAAUAUUAUAAACGUGUACAACGAAAAAGGUCUACUAGGGACUAAGACGUUCCUAAGAGUCCUCCUAAGCACUAGGCUACCAGCAGCAACAAUACUAGCUAUUAACGCUAACGAGCAUCACCCCUAG